UGGAAAACGAACCACUUGGAUCCAUUGAAUUUGUGGUAAACAAGUGAAAUAAAAAAUUGUUUAUUAUUAUUAAGUUUAACAAUAAAUCAACAUGUCAAUUAUUUCAACAAAAGUAUUUCGUCCAUUUCAACGACAAAUAAUGUUUGAACAAAAACGUUUUAGAACUAAAAUAAAUAUUCAAAAACCAAGAAUACCACAUUUUACACGUCGUUGUAUGGAAGAAUUUGUAACACCAUAUUAUGAUCCAGUAAGACCAAUAUUGCCAGUUCAUGAUUUAUGUGGAAAUAUACUUGAAAAAAAAGAAAAAUUAGAAAGAAAAGCAACAAUUCAUCAGUAUGAAAUAAUAAUUGGUCGUGAGGUAUUAAAUUGGUUUAAUAAUUCAAAAAUGGUUGCAUUUCUUCAUAAAAAUUCAAUGAAUACAGAAAGUGAAUUUGAAUUUAAUGUUGCAUUGAGACGUGAAAAUAUGUAUUUGAAAUAUUAUGGUAUAAAAACAAUGGAGGCUGGUCUUAAAGGUACAAAAUAUGAAAAUGUUCUUAAACUUUGGGGUGCACCUGGUAAUAUUGUUUUUAGUGAACAACCAAAACUUGAUAAAUUACUUAAAAUUAUGAAAAAAACACCACAAGUAGUUCUCAUGGCUGGUAUAUUGGAUGGUGUUUUAUUGAAUCUCAAUGAUUUUAAAAAAUAUGGAACAAUGGAUUUAACAACAGCUCAAGCUGGACUUGUACAAACACUGAGAACUGCUGGUGGUGGUGAUAUACAUGCAAAAUUAAAUCAACAUCAAAUGACAUUUGUCAAUCGUCUUGAUCAAAUUGGAGAAUCAUUGAAAGACGAAAAUUUGCCACCUAAAGAAACCGAGGCUUAAUUAAUUCAUUAAAUAUUAUUUGUAAAAAAAAAAAACAA